CUCCCCCCCCCCCCCAAGCCGCAACUUGACUCUCCUACUAUCACCAAUUACUACAAUUCCCUUUAUUCCACCUGAUCCUUCUCCCACUAUUUACCAAGAGGGCGCUACAAAGCUUCCCAACCCCCUAGCGAAUGAACGCGAUGCAGCCGACUUUGGCCCCUGCGCCUCCACAUCCGGCUCAGCAGGAUAUGCAUUCAGAUAAUGACCUAAGAGCCCAGCUGGCUGCAGUCAUCAACAACCCACCAAACCAGCACCAGUCGCAACAACAACAACAACAACAGCAGCAGCAGCAGCAGCAGCAUCCUCACCACCAGCCGCCGCCGCCGCAUCUCGUACAUGGCUACAACGACGUGGCUUCCAGCUCUGCAAGUCCGCACAACAUCGAUCCCGCCAUCGCGGGCGCCGCGCACGCUCACCACGCCCUCGACAUGAUGGGCGGCAGCGCCGGCGGCGACAGCGGGGACGACAACGGUGAUGGCCGGAAGGGCGGGAAGCGCGAGCUCUCACUGUCGAAACGCGCAGCGCAAAACCGCGCAGCUCAGCGCGCCUUUCGUCAACGCAAAGAGGGCUACAUCAAGAAGCUUGAAGAGCAGGUCCGCGAGCUCCACACCCUUGAGGACAACUACAAGGUCAUCCAGAACGAGAACUACUCCCUGCGCGACUACAUCCUGCAGCUCCAGCGCCGCCUCCUCGAGUCACAAGGCGAAUACCCUCAACCUCCCGCCGCCGUCUCCGUCCUCCUCAACCACCCCCACCAACACCAACAUGAAGCUCCCCGCCACGGCCCCGACCCGACCCCGCCCGCUGCGCACGCACCCACCGCCGUGAUGGGACAGUCGCCAGACCAGCAGCCCGGCAGCAGCCUGCAGAGCCAGAUGGCGCCGCUGCAGGCGCAGCUCCAGGCGAGUGCGGCGCAGGCGGUGGCGGAUCUGAGGGAUAGCGCGGCGAAGCAGAGGCAGGUGCAGGGGGAGUACCUGGCUAGGGGGACGUAUAAGGGGGAGGGAGAGGGGGCGGCGGAGGAGGAGCUGAGUAGGCAGUUGCAGGGGAGUGCGGAUAUACCGGGGGGGAUGGGGGGGAUGUGAGGGGGGGGUGGUUGACUAGGGAUGGGUGCCUGGAGGGUUGAGUCAUGAGGGGUUGUGACUCUUUGGCUGCCUGUCACAACAAUCCCCCGUCGCCUUCCCGCUGUAGGUACCUCGCACUCAUGACACUCCGUUGCCUCUCCGCUCGUCACUCGCAACUCCAUCGUCGUCGUCACACUUGUGGCACUCUCGUUGCCCAAGUCGACGUUGCCAAGAAUAGGACUCCACCCACCUCUUCUCACCCAGAUGGAUGUCUCCCAUCUACCUCGCUGCUUCCCUGCUUAACUCGCUUUUUUUUCCGUCUUAUCUCACUUCUUCACACAUUUUUUUGUUUUUGGAUUCAAUGGGUUACUUCGCUGGUUGCGUUUUGUCGUAGAGCGGUGGGAGGGUUUGGUUGGUUGGUGUGGUGGCGUUUUUUUUAUUUGUUUGAUUUGUGCUUGUGGGAUAUGUCGUUGUUGGAAGGGGAUGCGCUGGGUUGAUGAGAUGUGUUGGGGGAGGGAGGAGGGGGAGGAAGGGUUGUAUGGAUGAUUCUGCGAGAUGGGAUGGGGUGCGAUAGAGGCAGCAGUGGGAGCGAAUGGUUGGAAUUGAAAUGGAGGAUGCGGAAAAGGAAGAGGGAGGGAGUAGAGAACUCGGAUGAAUGAUCUCACGCUUCACGACUGCUUGUUAAAUGUACUUCUCUGUUUCUUGUCAUGUUCUCGUGUUGGUCUUUGUUCCCUCCUGCCCGCCUUUGUCGUUUCCACAAGACCUCCUACCCCCUUUCUUCCCCGCCCCCCACCAACAUCACAAACUACAUAUAAAAGGACCGCCACCCCCUUCCCAGCCACCGCACAAACGGAUUUGACGUCGACGUGGCACGAGGCGAUGUACAAGACCGCGCCGAAGACGAACUCGAGGCCAAAUGCAGAGCGGUUAGAUCAUAGAUCUGUCGGGGAUUAGUUUUGGGGCUUGCGGAUAUGCGAAUAUGGGUGUGGGUUUGAGGGUUGACUGCUCAGUUCAACCAGGGCGCGUAUCCAACGCCACUCCCGCUACGCCCACUACUCCAAUCAAGCCCCCAUUCCCAACGUCUUUGGCACUGCUGAACACAUCUCAUACACGAUAAAAAGGACGGCCCAAUCUCACCAGUAGAGGGUAGCUGGAAGCUGAGCUGGGCUCUCGUCAGCGCUUCAUCUGGUUGGUGCGUAUUUCUCGUUGGUGGUGGGUGUUCUGCUGUCGUUGCUGUGU